UCAUUUGUGCUUUACCUAGUGAAACAAGAUGUGGACUGUUGUGCUCAAUGUUGCUCUAGUUACAACAUGCUCUAGCUUUUUGUGUUCUCUUGCUGCUAGCACAAGUAGCCUACACAUCGGUGCGUUGCUACCGGUUGCAGAGAACCCACGAUUUUUCAACAAGGACCUAGAGUUUAUAUGUGAGAUAGCCGUAGAUCACGUCAACGAAUCGCCAGACAUUCUUCCAAAUCACACUCUCGCUCUAGAGUUGCAAGAUUCUAUGUGUGAUGUUGGGCUGGCUAUCUAUGAACUGUCAAACUUGCUACAGGCAGGGAAAGAGACCAUGGUGGCUUUAAUUGGUGAGGGAUGCUCAACUGCAACCCAACCUAUUGCACGAGCAACUCCAUUGUGGAAUCUGGUUUUGUUUAAUUUUCUUUCGACAUCUCCAGCUUUGUCUAACACUGACAUUUAUCCAAGCUUUUAUCCUGUAUUACCUUCAGAGAAUGGCUUGAAUCCAGCUCGUGUGGCUGUGAUGAAACAAAACAGGUGGAGAAAGGCAAUAAUUUUGAUUCAAUCAUCUGAAAUAUUCGAUCUGAAUGCUGAAAAUCUUCGACAGAGUAUGGUGGCUUCAGGUUUUGAAACACCAAAACUGUUACUUUUACCAGAAAGUCACGAUUAUUCCCAUGUCGUACAACAAGUCAAGGAAACUGGAAUUCGCAUUCUCUUUGGACUGUUUUAUGAGGAAGUUGGCAGACAAGUUAUAUGUGAGUUUUGGAAGAACGGCAUAUCUGCACCCGACUAUGUGUGGCAUUUUGUUGGAUGGUAUCAGUCUCCAUAUUGGUAUUUGGCAACAAUUGGUGACAAGGAACAGCCUGGAAGCUGCAGUCGUGAACAGUUACUGACAACAGUAAAUGGACACUUUACCUAUGACGUUGCUCAAGUGAGAGCUGAUACAGAUAUUAGAUUGGCAACAGGAAAGACGGUGCAGGAAAUUGCAAAUACUUUAUCAAGAAAAAAAUCCACUAGUUUCCAAAACGUUUCUGAUGUGUUUCGUCAGUACAGUGCAUAUGGCUAUGAUUGUGUGCUAGCUCUUGGUUUAUCAUUGCACAGAGUAGCAGAGCACCUUGCCAUUUCAGGAGAGAUUAGCAGGCUUAACAACUUUACAUACAAUGAUGACAUUUUGAUCAAAAUAAUACGAAAUGUGACUAAAGAUGAAACAUUUGUGUUUGAAGGCUUAACAGGUCCUGUGCGAGUUGCCACUUUGUUUAGUCUUGAAGAGCAGCAAAGACGAGCAGCAGCACAUGUUAAGAUUUACUACAAUACAAGAGAUCAAACUCAUUUUAUUGCUCUUGUCACUGGCAAUGACACUAAACAUUUUUCUUCGAUUCCAUGGACAACAACUAAUAAUAAACCUCCUCAUGACUCAACUCCAGAUGUGGAGAAGUAUUCCAAUGUUGGCUUUUUUGUUGCAAUGGUCGUGCUAGCAGCUCUUGGGCUGGUAAUUGACUUGGUUUUAUUUGUGUUUACACAGCAGCAAAGAAAUCACAGAAUAAUGAAGAAGGCUGUACCUCGAAUCAACAGGUGGUUAAUUCUUGGAACUGCUGGAGUGUUUCUAGCAAUCAUCUUUUAUGGAUUUGAUGGCCAGUUUUUUGCAUUCAGUGACCCUUCUUCACUUCAUCUUUGCUUUGCUCGCAUAGUUGCCCUGGCAUUGGGUUUCACCUUUGCUUUUGGAACAAUACUGGUUAAGACGAUUGCUGAACUUUGCAAACUGCAAGGCUUUAAAUGCAUAGGAGGCAUUAACCAACAGGUAUUUCUACGGAAUUUGGAGUAUCUUCUAAUAGGAAUUUUGCUGCUAUUGGACAUUAUUUUGUUGAUUAUGUGGCGCAAUUUAGAUUCUUUUACAAAGUCUAUUCAAGUACUAAAUCCUCAUGAUGAUGACAAAAUUAGGUAUAUUCGUUACAAGUGUUCAGUAGGAGAUAGUUGGGCUAAUGGUUUUGCUGGCUACAAACUUAUCAUGCUUCUUGCUACCAUUAUUCUUGUAUGUGUACACAUCAAGACUGUGAGCACGAAGGAUAAAAGACACUCACCGUAUAAAGACUUGAUCGUAUCGAGUUGUGGUAUGGCGUUUUCUUUUGCUGCAUUUGGUUUGGUGUUUAUUGAUGACCCUGGAUUGGAGUAUGCUCUGGUUUCAUUGGUCUUAAUUGUGAUGUCAUACUUGAUUCUUGGAUCAAUGUUUGCAUUGAAAUUUUUGGGUGUUUUGAUGUCAAGUCAUAACAAAGAUAACGUUGAUGAAACAGAUGCAAAUGGUGCAAGAAUCAAAGAGCUGCAUGAUCUCUACAAGGUCAACAAGAAUCAAAAGGAGUUGUUGAAACGUAUUCAACAACAGGGUGGUCUUACAGAACAGUUAGCAGCUGCUGUCAGUGAGGCAUUACAGCCAGUAGGUAAUUUGGUGCCUUCAGAGGUGGUUACAAGUACAGCCAGUAGAAUUCACAAAGAUGUUGAAAUGUGGUAGUUAAUUAUG